UUAAUGGCGGAAAAGCCUUCCUUAAUGGCCUCUCCUCCGACGAUCUCCAUCUCUCUCUCUCUCCUUCUUCUCCUCCUACUUGGCGAUGAACGAGAGAAUCCUCAAACCCUAUCACUCUGAUCCUCUCUCUCUCCCAAUCCCCAACCCUUUCUUCACUGAAUUCCUUGUUGUGUCUCGGCGGUGGUGAUAUUUUAGCCCCUCGGGUCACCGUUGUUGGGAUGGAGCUGUUGAAGCAGGCAAUGCUUCGACAUGAGAUUGUUUUUCGUGAUCAGGUUCGUGAGCUGCAUCGGCUUUACUGGACGCAGAGGAGCUUGAUGAUGUGCCGGAGUUUGACGGAGGAUGCGAAGGUGGGUUCGGACGCUGUGUUGCCACUUGAUUUGCUGGAGAAUCAGCAGGGGAGCUUGGAAAUCAAGGGAUUUCGGUUUGGUGAUGAGAAGGAUGGCGGCGCUAUUCAUCGGAAUGCUAAUUUUUAUAAGCUUGGCUUCAGAGAAAUUAAUCUGUCCACACAGAAAAAUCAAUCUGUAUCUUACAAAGCAAUGCAUUUUGACCUCAAUGUUGCUCCAGAUGAUGAGUCUUUGGCCAAUUGCAAUGAUAAUGUGCCAACAGUACUAUCUUCCUCAAUAGCUUCAUUAGUUAUUCAGCCUUUGGCUUCUGUUAAUUCUCUUGCUGGAUCGCAAUCAUUUAUUUCAUUUUCGAGGGAAUCAAGUACCAAACGCUCAAAAGAAACAUCCACUGGAGUUCAACCUGUUGAUUCAAGGUCAGCUUCAAAGAUGACCAUUAAUUCGCUUCAAGGCUGUCAGGUUUCACAUCACUCUGGCAUGGAUGCUUCUGUGUGUAAUGCACAAGUUAUUAUUAAAGGUGCUUCUGAUAACAAUCAACAGAAUGUGGAAAAUGGACAUCAUGAUUCUGAUUCUGAUGCCCCCCUGAAACUUCAAAUGAACUCUGCUGGUUUUGGUGGUGAGGUUCAGGAUAAUGUAACUGGAAAGAUGCUCACUGGCAUACUUGGGAUUGAAGUCAGGAAUUUAGUCUUGUCAUCUGGUGAACAAAUUCACCAUGCACAUAGUGCUAUCAGACAGCAGAUUUCAAAUGUAACAUCCAGUAACAAUGCAGAAGACACUAAUUUGCCUGCAUCAGUUGGAAGUGCUGAACAGCCACCAGCUAUGACCAGGGAUUCGGAGAACAAGCAAACCAACUUUGAGGGGAGUGAAGAAGAUACCCUAUCAAGUCACACUAAAGCUCGGGACGAGGAACAACAAGAAAAAUGCUCGAAAGAAAUUCCUGUUGAAAGUAAGUUUGAUAAUGAACGGUGUUCAGGUGAUGUAUGUGUACAGACACUUGCUGUAAUUCCUUCCAGUACUGAGGAAUCUGGAACAACUCAAACUGAAUCACAGGUAUUAGAAAGUUACCCUAUUAAACAUCCUCUGGUUUCCCAAACUUGUCAUCCCCCCAUCAUCGUCGGGAAAUCAAAACAUGAAGAUGAACCGGAAGGUGAUUCUUUGAUUUUCCUGGCAGCCAAGACACUGUUUUCUAUAUCUUCGCACAAGCCAGAAUGUGUUACAGAUCCUUCGUCCGGCUUUGGGCAGACAGAGUUAGAGGCCGAAGGAAAUGCGGAGCCUCAAUAUUCUUCAGAUUCUUUCGAGACAUUGACGAUGAUGCUACCUGAGAACACUACUGACGAAUACACUAUGCCGAGGAUACCAGCUGAUAAGGUUUCAGGAAAUGAUACAUGCGGAGUUAAGCUGCGAAGAGGCAGAGGUCUUCGGGAUUUCCAGAAGGACAUAUUACCAGGCCUUACCUCUCUUUCUCGGCAUGAAAUUUGUGAAGAUUUUCACAAUAUACAGCAUGCAUUAAGGAAGAGUCGGUCGAGGAACAGGGAAAACUGGCCGGUUCCGGUUCGGAGUCGAAGAUCAAGACGAUGUUCUUCAAACAGAAAGACACCUUUAAAUCUUUUUUCUUUUUUUAACCUUUUAUCGGCAACCAUCAUGAGGUUUGUUAUGUAUAAUUCUGUAAAUAUCUAUAGCUAUGCAUUCACAAUUAACCAUUUUGUCAAUGAGUUGAACUUCUUGAGUAGUUGUUGUGCAUUUUAUGAACUACAACUGCAUGGCUUUGUUUUAUUUGUGAUAUUGCAGUUGUUAAUCUUCUUUAAACUUUGAGGUUGUAUCUUUUUGUGUUUUUUUAACUUUAU